CGCUCGGCGCUCGCCUGUUCGCCGCUGGUGCUCCCGCCGCCACCCGAGGAUUCGGUUGAGAGAUGGCCGGGGCGCCGCAGCACCUCGUCGGCUUGGAGCACCAGCUGCAAGUCUCGCGCGAGAGCGCGCUUCUAGGCAACUACGAGGCGUCGCUCGUACACUUUGACGGCGCCAUCUCGCAGGUGCAGCGCUACCUGCGGACGCUCGACGACCCGGCGCUGCGUGCAAAGUGGCUGCGGGCGAAGGAGGACCUCUCGGGCGAGUUCCAGAUUGUCAAGGAGAUCGUGGCCGAGCUCUCAAAGCUCCGCGCCGGCAGCAAGGCGGUCCCGCCUCCGACGGCCGCGGCGCCGCCGCCGUCGCAGCUGUUGCUCCGGCCGGACCCCGUCGCGGUCGUCGGCGGCCCGAGCGGCGCGGCGCAGCAGCGUGACCCGGACGUGUGGUCGCCGCCAAAGCCUCCUCCGGAGCGGUGCCCUCCUCCGCCGCGCCGCGCCGCGCCGCCCGACUGGGCGAGGCGCGAUCCGCAGCAGGCGGCGGCGGCGGCGGCGGCGGCGGCGGCGGCGCCACAGCACGGGCCCGGCGCAGCGCGUGGCGCUCGGGCGGCGGCGGCGGGCUACGGCGCGGCGGCCGCCGCCGAUGCUCCGCCAGCGGGAGGCCGGCGGCGCGGCGAGCGCAAGCCUCCCGUGCCUCCGCGUCCAAAGGCGGAGAGAGGCGGGGGGAGAGGGGCGCGGCGGUUUGUGGAUGAGGUUUGUGCGGCGGACGCGGAGCUGGCGAGCAUGAUCGAGCGCGACAUCCUCGAGCGGAGGCCGUCGGUGCACUGGGGCGACAUCGCGGCCUCGAGGAGGCGAGGCGCUGACGAGCCGUGCGUGCUCAUGUUUGGCCCUCCCGGCACCGGCAAGACGCUGCUCGCUAAGGCGCUCGCGGCCAAUUGCACCAAUAAGGAGUUAGUUGAUAGCCAAGCGCUGGCGACCGAGUGCGGCACCACCUUCUUCUCGGUCACCUCCUCCACACUCGGCUCCAAGUACCGCGGCGACGCGGAGCGGAUGGUGCGGCUCCUCUUCGAGAUGGCGCGCUUCUACGCACCGUCCACCAUCUUCAUCGACGAGGUGACGAACCUCUGCCGCGAGGCGGCGAUGAUGCCGAUGCGGCGCGCCAUCAAGGGGCUGCGGCACGACGAGAUCCGCAGGCUCAAGCGCGAGGACACAGACACGCCGCUCUGCCAGGACGACAUCGAGCAGUCGCUGCUGCGCAUCAACAAGACGGUGAGCGAGAGCGACCUCGGCCGCUUCGAGGAGUGGCUCAAGGAGUUUGGCUCGACCUGA